AUGUCGUCUUCAAAAGGGUUUAUAGUUGCUAGGCCUAUACUUUCUAAAACUCCUGAAGAAGCAAGGCGCAGGGUUUUGAAUCUCUACCGUGCCUGGUACCGUCAACUCCCAUUCAUUGUAAAGGAAUAUGGAUAUUCCUACGUUUCUGCUACCGUUCCGCAGCUAAAGCAAAAGUUGAGGGAGGAAUUCCUGAAACACAAAGACGUUCAGGAUAUUAGGGGACAAAACGGAUUAAUUGAAGUCGCUCAUAUUUGGCAGUCUGAUUGCCACAUUAUGGACGCCUUUCAGGAGACAGCUGUGGAAAAACCGGAGGACUUUCUUAGCAAAUUUCUUAGUGGUAAAUAA